UCCUUUAUAUCCUUCUCUCUUACAUGUAGAAUUAGUGAUCCAGUCCUAUCUUCUACCCAAGUUGGGUUUUUAGCUCAUAGUUUAGAGUUGAUGUAUUUGUUUAGGUUCAAACCUUCUCUCUUACAUGUAGAGUUAGUGAUCAAGUCCUAUCUUCUGCCCAAGUUGGGUUUUUAGCUCAUAGUAUAGAGUUGACGUAUUUGUUUAGGUUCAAAGCAUCAAAUAUAUUUGACUCUUUGGACAGUUCAGACUUGUGGGAAGACUCACAUGUAUAAAGUUCCAUCUGGGUGAUCUCAAAUCUCAAAAUCUCAAUUGUUUCUGUUGUAGAUAGGAGCAAUAAUGGUAAUGGUUUCUCAAACUGGAAGUGUUGGUUUCAUUGCAUUUCUAGUUUGUUCUGUCUUAGUGGGGAGUGUUAUAUCUUUAGAACCAAGCUCGGAAGUUCAAAUUGAGGCCUUGAAAGCAUUCAAGAAUUCAAUCACCAAUGACCCAUUUGGUGCCCUCCUGGAUUGGAAUAACACAAAGCUUCAUCACUGCAAUUGGUCUGGAAUUGCAUGUGACACUUCCUCAAAUCAAGUCAUUUCAGUUUCCUUCCCUGACAAGCAACUCAAAGGUGAAAUCUCUCCAUUUCUUGGAAAUAUUUCCACUCUUCAAAUCCUUGAUUUGUCUUUAAAUUCCUUAACUGGGCACAUCCCCCCACAGCUGGGGCUUUGCUCACAGCUAUUGGAGCUGAGUUUUUACUCCAAUUCCCUUUCCGGUCCAAUUCCACCUGAACUAGGAAACCUUAGGAAUGUGCAGUCAAUAGACUUGGGAAACAAUUCCUUGAAUGGUAGCAUACCUGAAAAUAUAUGCAACUGCACAGCCUUGUUAGAACUCGGCAUCAUCUUCAACAAUCUCACCGGUACAAUCCCAUCCAACUUUGGCAAUUUAGUUAAUCUUCAGCUUUUUGUAGCUUUUGAUAACAGCUUGGUAGGUUCUAUUCCUACUUCCAUUGGAAGAUUGGAAGCUCUGCAAGCUUUUGACCUAAGUCAAAACCAGUUGUCGGGUGUAAUACCACGAGAGAUAGGGAAUUUGACAAAUUUAGAAGAACUUCAGUUGUUUGAUAAUUUGCUUGUUGGGAAAAUUCCCUCUGAACUUGGUCAUUGUAGGAAGCUUGUUCUUGUAAACAUAUAUACCAACCAAUUCACUGGAAGCAUUCCUCCUGAACUUGGACAUUUGGCCAACUUGGAAUCCUUGAGGUUGUACCAAAACAAGUUGAAUUCAACAAUCCCACUCCCUUUAUUCCAAGCCAAAUCAAUAAUCUAUUUGGGACUAUCACAGAAUGAGUUAAUGGGUACAAUACCUUCUGAAAUCGGAUCUUUGAGAUCGUUACGAAUAUUGACCCUCCAUUCCAAUAGGUUAACUGGUGAGAUUCCACCGUCGCUAACAACCUUGUCCAAUUUGACGUAUUUGUCAUUAGGCUUGAAUUUCCUCACAGGCUCACUUCCAUCAAAUAUUGGAUUGUUGUACAAUUUGAAGAACCUAUCCUCGAAUCGUAAUCUUCUCGAGGGAUCUAUCCCGUCCAGUAUCACCAAUUGUACGCGUCUUCUUUAUAUUGAUUUAGCUUACAAUAAACUGAAUGGGCAAAUUCCUCAGGGAUUGGGCCAGUUGACAAAUCUUACAGUCCUAUCUCUUGGUCCAAAUAACAUGUUUGGUGAAAUUCCAGAUGACCUCUUCAAUUGCUCAAAUCUUGAAAAACUAAAUUUGGGUGAGAACAAUUUCAGUGGAUCACUUAAACCAGGCAUUGGCAACCUCUUUAAUCUCCAAAUAUUGCAACUCCAUUUCAAUUCAUUUGUUGGAACAAUCCCGAGAGAGAUUGGAAAUCUAACUAAACUGAUGUCCUUGUGGCUCCACACAAAUAAUCUUUCAGGCCUAGUUCCUCCUCAACUGUCAAAACUCUCUCUCCUCCAAGGACUUUUUCUACACAAAAAUGCACUUGAAGGACCAAUCCCAGAUCAAAUUUUUGAGCUCAAACAGCUCACUAAUGUUCAGCUUCAGUACAAUAGGUUCAGAGGUCCCAUUCCAGAUGCUUUUGCAAAGCUUGAGUUUCUUUCAUACUUGGAUCUCAGUGGGAACAUGCUUAAUGGGUCUAUCCCAAAAGGUAUGGCACAACUUAGUCGACUAACAAGCUUGGACCUCUCACAUAACCAUCUCACGGGACUUAUUCCUGGGUCUGUGAUUGCAAGUAUGAAAAACAUGCAGAUAUAUCUGAAUUUCUCAUACAAUUUCUUGGCCGGAACAAUUCCAGAUGAGCUUGGCAAAUUAGAAAUGGUACAAGCCAUUGACAUCUCAAACAAUAAUUUGUCAGGAAACAUUCCUGAAUCGCUUGAAGGCUGCAGAAAUUUGUUCUAUGUUGAUCUGUCAGGGAAUAAACUUGGUGGUCCAAUACCAGGUAAAAUAUUUAGUCAGAUUAAUAUGCUUACAAGAUUGAACCUCUCAAGGAAUCUCCUGGAUGGUACACUCCCUGAAAAUUUGGCAAAUUUGAAGCAUCUCAGCUCCCUCGACCUUUCUCAAAACAGGCUCAAGGGCAUGAUUCCCGAGAGUUAUGCAAAUAUUUCCUCCUUGAAACAUCUCAAUCUUUCGUUCAAUCAACUUGAAGGUCGUGUUCCAGGGAGUGGUAUCUUUAAGAACAUAAAUGCAUCUAGUUUGGAAGGAAACCAAGCUCUAUGUGGAACAACCAGCUUUCUUAGCCCAUGCAGCACAAAGAACUAUGGCUUAUCAAAGAAAACCAUCCUCAUUCUAGCAGUACUUGGAUCUGUUUCUGUACUCCUAUUUCUGGUACUGGUACUCUGCAUCUUUAACCGAUACACCAAAAAGGAAAAACCAGAACGGGUUGAGAAUUCAGAACCGGAGUAUGCUUCAGCAUUAUCCCUGGAGAGGUUUGAUCAAAAGGAUUUGGAACAUGCCACUGAUUUCUUCAGUGAAGAUAACGUCAUUGGAGUAAGUAGUUUGAGCACGGUGUACAAGGGUAGAUUGGAAGAUGGGCAGACAAUAGCAGUAAAGAAAUUGAACUUGCAACAGUUUCCGGCAGAGUCUGACAAGUGCUUCUACAACGAAAUCAAGACUCUGAGCCAACUGAGACACCGCAAUCUGGUGAAGAUACUUGGUUAUGCUUGGGAAAGCAGGAAGCUGAAGGCUUUAGUUCUGGAGUAUAUGGAGAAUGGGAACAUGGAGAGCAUCAUUCACGACCCUUGCACAGAUCAUUCAAGAUGGACGUUGUCACACAGAAUCGACACUUUAGUCUCUGUCGCGAGUGGCUUGGUUUAUCUGCAUUCAGGUUAUGAUUUCCCCAUAGUUCAUUGUGAUUUGAAACCUUCUAAUAUCCUUUUGGAUGAAAAAUGGGAGGCCCAUGUAAGCGAUUUUGGAACUGCUCGAAUGCUGGGUGUUCAUCUCCAGGAUGGGAGCAGCCUUUCCUCAUCCGCCUUCCAGGGCACCAUUGGCUAUAUAGCACCAGAGUUUGCAUAUAUGAGGAAGGUUACAACCAAAGUAGACGUGUUCAGCUUCGGUAUAAUAGUAAUGGAACUCUUAACAAAGCGAAGGCCAACAGGACUCACCCAGGAGGAUGGGUUAUCAAUCACUUUGCCUCAACUCGUGGAGAGAGCACUAGCAAAUGGAAUCAAUAGGCUACUUCACGUUGUCGACCCUCUACUAGCUUCACAAGUCUCCAAGGAGCAGGAAAUGGUGGAAGCGCUCCUUAAAUUAGCCUUGUCUUGCACCUGCACAGCUCCUGAGGACCGACCUGACAUGGAUGAAAUCUUGUCUUCCAUUUUGAAGCUAAGCAAGCACAGGAUAGUAUCCAAACAGUGAUAAUGCUUUCCUCACUGACGCUUUCAACAUGAGACCAGAUCAGAAGCACCGAUGCUUUAACAAGCAAAAAACUGCAAACUCAGUUGUCAAAUGGACUGGUAACCAACUUUUCUAUGCUGGUGUGAGAUUAUGAUUGUGCUGGUUAUGCUUCAAAGUGGACUCUGAAUGCUCCAAAAUCCUGCAACAUUCAUUCUGGUUCCAAUUUAAAUAAAAAAUUUUGAUUUUUAAAUGUUACAGAAGGAGGUCGAAGCAUGACAUAGCCAAGACCAUGUUCUAGCCAAGUUGUGUAUCAUUUGAUAAGAUAAUCUACUUUAUGAUGCAAA